GUAUCACUACCCGCCAUUUAACACAUGAAAAAGGCCAUUCAUCAUUACAGGAGUAAGAACAACAGCAACUCAAGAAAAAUAAAAAAAUCUUUGGGUUCCUCUUUCUCUCUCAGCCAUGGCUCUCCUUGCUUCGAUCCCCACACCUCCACUCUCUGCAUCAGUCUCAUUUCGAAGGACGUUAGGUAGUCCCCGGCCACGACGUUUUGGUACUUUUGCAGCAGUCAGUUCAUCGUCUCCAGAGUCAUCGGCAUCACCAUCAGGAAGUGGUGAAAGUGCUUUGUCUUCUAAAUCUGCAUCAAAACCCUUUAUUGAAUCGACUAGAGCGCAUGAUUCCAGCUUCAACUACGCGUUGACGAGCCCCAAUGGGAACCCAAUUGUUCAGAUUGUUCGAUCGGCAGAGUCCAACAUUGAGAAGACUAUCUUUGACUUCCGCUUCUUGGCACUUCUGGCUAUUGGAGGUUCACUGGCUGGUUCAGUGUUGUGCUUUUUGAAUGGUUGCGUUUACAUCAUUGAUGCAUACAAUGUAUACUGGUCAAGCUGUGUUAAAGGGAUUCACACAGGAAAGAUGGUUCUACGAUUGGUUGAAGCUAUUGAUGUUUAUCUUGCUGGGACAGUCAUGCUAAUAUUUGCUAUGGGCUUAUUUGGGUUAUUUAUCAGUAAUGUGUCUCCAGAUUCGCCUCCAAAUGUUGAUCGUGCCAUUAAAGGAUCAUCCUUGUUUGGAAUGUUUGCUAUGAAGGAAAGACCAAAAUGGAUGAAAAUAACCUCUCUAGAUGAACUAAAGACAAAAGUAGGGCACGUUAUUGUGAUGAUUCUUUUAGUGAAGAUGUUUGAAAGAAGCAAGAUGGUGCAGAUAACCACUGCUAUGGAUCUACUAAGCUAUUCUAUCUGCAUUUUCUUGUCUUCAGCAUCUCUAUACAUCCUUCAUCACCUUCACAAACCGGAAUAGAGAUGUGAAAUGAAUAUGAACAUUGUUAGAUCCUGAGCAGCUUCACCAUGUAUUUGUAUUUUAACUUGUCGUAUUAGUGAAGGAAUGCUAUUAUACUUUCAAUAACUAUGUACUGUAAGUUAAAAAUAGAAAAAUAUCUGCGUUUGCCGGUAGUCAAACGUGGUCU